AUGGUUGCAAGUCUUUUGGGCACUGCAGCCGUCUAUGAAUAUUGUGCUCUAAUACUUCAAUGCAUCCAAUCUCCUGCUUUGAUGAAGCAAGUGACUACCAAAGUUAUGGAAUAUUUUAAAAAUUUGGCUUUUACUCACUAUCAACACAAUCAUGCUCAUCAACGGCACCCACAGUACCAGCAGCAACACUUCCAGCGUGCCGAUCCCUCCUCCACAUAUGGCAUUUCUCGCUUUGAUCUUGCGAGUAUUGCUGAGCAGGUCCCAAUCUGUAAUUAUAACACUGAUCAAGCAUAUUGCAAAAAUCCAUAUUUUUCUAACUCGUCUCAUUACUACUCAUCACCAGCUUCAUCUCAGCAGCAUCCACAACAGAAAUCUAUGAAUCACACUUCCCAGGGACACUCGUGCAGUAUUCCAUCUUCCUAUUGGCCCCACAUAACUCAGGACAUAACGACAGCCAACAAUAGUAUGCUUCCUAUUUCCUUGGAAGGAUAUCAAACUAGCCAGUCCUCCAUUCUUGGUCCUUCAUCUCUUGAUCCGCAACCCGUAGUCUCACUUUCUUCUUUUCCAAAUGUAUUCUCGACAUCCACUGUGGAGUCCGGUAAUUCGCCAAAUUACACAUCUCUGCUGCAAUCAAGCGUUCCACCACAGGUAAGUCUUGAUAAUCUAAAUUCUCUCUCUUCACAUACAAGUCUCUGGCAGCAACAACAGCAGUUUACAUCAUUUGCCCAUCCUGGAGGUCAUCAACUAAGCAACUUUGUACAGCAACAUCAGGCACAACCAUAUGUAUCUGGAAUGCAUUCGGCUCCACCUUCAGCCAAUUUUAUGGGACACUGGUCAAAUGACUGCUCUACUCAGCCAGCUGAUUCUCCCUUUGUCUCCUUCAUGGCUUCUAAUCCCGGCACUACUGGGGUUUGCAUGCAAACAGAUAUCAGGCAAGGGAUAAAUCAGCAUUCGCCUUCGCAGCCGGUUAUAGACACAAGAGUAUCCUCUAUUCCUCUUCUUUCUCCAUCAUCGCAGCCCCAACCACCUCAGUCUCAAACGUCUAUGCCUUCAAUGUCGGCUCAAGCACAUAAUCUUCUGAUCCCUAAUCGCCAGCAGACUGUUGGAUCUCAUUUCAUUUCCAGUCAACAACCAUUCUAUAUAAUUCAUCAGCAACAGCAGUAUUCAGACAUGCCUAUAAGCGUGAAUAUGCCACACACAUAUAAUAAUCAGGCUUAUCUCCAUCACCACCCCGGCCGAGAAAUUGUCGAGCGCCUCGUAAAUCGGACCCAUUGUCUGUAA